AUGGUCGCUUCAGUCUCCAGCGCUAGUCGCGCGAUCUUCGCUCUCUGCUCCCUCAUCGCUGUCCAGGGUGGUGUUGCCGCUGCUGGUGGUGCCCAGAUCGAAAUCGGUUCGUGCCUUGAAAAGGCUGGCAUUGAGACCUCGUUGCCCACCACUUCGACGUGGGCCGUUGAUACCGAGGCCUGGAACUCGCGUGUGAGCCCUGUACCUUCUGCUGUCGCCUACCCCAAGACGGAGGAGGAGGUUUCGGCCGCGUUGAAGUGUGCCGCUGAUGCUGGUCUUAAGGUGACUACGCUUGGUGGCAACCGUUCGUUCUCCAGUAUGGGUUUCGGCCGUGACGACGGUGCUCUCAUCAUGAACUUGAAGUACUUGAAGCACCUCAAGUAUGACGAGAAAACCAAGCUCCUGUCGUACGGUGGCCCCGUUAUGAUCUCGGAGGCUGCCAACUACAUGUGGAGCAACUUCAGCCGCACUCUUCCUCACGGCCGUUGCCCCGAUGUCGGUAUGACUGGUGUGGCUGCUUCGGGUUUUGGUACUCUGUCUCGUUCUAGCGGCACUGUGCUGGACAACAUUGUGUCCGUCCGUGUGGCUCUUGCCAACGGUUCCAUCGUGGACGCCGACGCCAAGCAGAACUCGGAUCUGUUCUGGGGUGUGCGUGGUGCCGCCAGCUCGAUGGGUGUGGUGCUUGACUUCAAGAUCAAGACCAUGGAAGCCCCGUCGCAGCGUGUGGUUAACUACACUAUCGAGUUCAACUCGAGCGACAAGCCCACUCAGCAGGACAACGUUGACGCUCUUAUCGGCACCCAGAAGUGGGCUUUGAGCAAGGACAACAACGACCUAGUGUCUAUCCGCUUCAGUCUUAAGACCAAGUCUACUUUGCAGGGAUUCUUCUACGGCUCGUCCAAGAAGGCCACCAAGGUGUUUGCUUCGCUCAUGAAGAACCUGCCCCCUUCCAUGGUUCUGACCACCAAUGAGAGCGAUUUCUGGGCUUCGGAGAGCAUCUCGACCCCCGGUAUUGUGGCGCAGACUCUCACCCCUCGUCGUUUCUUCUACAUUACCUCGGUGACGAUCCCCCGUAAGACCCCGCUGAACAAUGCGACGGCCUGGGAGCUGUUCUCCAACACUGCCUUCGCUCCUAAGCUCCCGGACGCUUCGGCCUCUGGCUUCGUCGACAUCUGGGGUGGCAAGUACGCCAAGGGUGUGAAGGCUGACGCCUCGGCAUGGAAGCACGAUGACAACCUGCACCUGGUUCGUUGGGACAUGCGCUCGUCUGCGUUCAACGUCUCGUUCGCCGACAGCACGAUGACCACCAUGCGUGGAAACUUCUACAAGUUCGUGGACGCUUAUAAGGCUUCGGGUGGUGUGCCCGGUGGCUUCACGACGUACCGUGACGAGAAGUGGACGGUGCCGGAGAUGGCUGAGUACCUGUACGGCGGGGGUAACUUCAAGAAGCUGCAGAAGAUCAAGACGGCGUAUGACCCGAACGAGAUGUUCAACACGGACCCUCAGGCCAUUCCUGCUCUGGCUGCUUAG